GGUGAUCAAAUUGGACCAGACUACCAAUCUGCUAGGCAAUGGAAGAGUGAGCGUAAUUCGGCUGGUACAAUUGGUGGACCCUCGUUUCAACUUUAUAAUCCAACCUUUACAGGAAACAACCUGAUGGGAGGGAGUAUCAGCGGAACUUCUUUUAAUUCGUCCAAAAGAGUAUCAAAAAGGGAUGAAGAUGAAGAUCAUGAAAAGAAUAACCAAAAACAUACAAGAAUAGAUGAAUACUUCCCAGUUACUCCUUCCCAAUGUGAACAAGAUCAGCCACCACAUACUCCUCCACAUCAAAUUUUUUCGUGUGAUGCUUUAUCAGGUGCUUCCGUCACCUCUUGGAGUGGGCAAGAGUUUUCGGAUUUGGAUUUCACUUAUUCCAAUUUCGAUCACGAAAAAGGUUCCACACAGACAAUAGGACAAAUGCAAAAUUACGAAGUUGAUAUCGAAGAUACUUACAUAAAUUUAUCUCAGGAGAAUUCACAGACUAUAACGGAGGAAAUCCGUAAAAUAAUCGAAAAAAUAAAAUGUAUAAAAUAUCGUCUAUUUGAAUAUCGAAUCAUUAAUCUUUCGGAACGAAAUGUUACGAAUCCCGUUAAUAAAUUGUCAAAAUCUGAAAAGCGCACCUUAAAAGAUAUUUGGAACUCGUUAGAACCGUCAGAAAAAGUAAAGACAAUUCGUCUAGAUAAAUGGGAAAAGGUUCUGAUUCCUUUUAUACAAAAGUACCAAGCCCAUUUAGAAAAGAAAUCUGUUUUUGAUGUAAUUUCCCUGGAUAGUGCUAUUGAGGAUGUUCUUGAGAAACCGUAUGUUAGACCUUUUAUUCAUAAAGAGCAUCAUGAUCUCUUAUGGAUACAAGAUAUUUAUAAACGGUUUUUAUUCCUUUUCGAUGUACCCACUAACUUACUACUGGAUCCAGAUCAAAGUGAACUUUCUUACCGGGAAAACUUUGUGAAUCCCAUCGUUGUUAAAGUUUUUGACGACAUCAUGGAUCUGAUUAAAGUAAAAACAGGGGAGGUAGAAAACCAAUCGAACAAAACUCAAAGGAUUGAAACUCGUCAAUAUAAGCAACGUGUUAGCAUCGGGUGUUCCCAGGACGGAAUAUACUCUAUUAAUGUAAAUGCUACUAUUUUGGAAGUAGGGUUCUUAGAGGUUGUUGGCAACGCCUUUUAUACUAAUAUCAAAAAAUUAAGCGAGGAUACCGAAAAAGUGUUUAAAUGUAUGCAAAUUUUUAUUCAUUACCAACGUCAACACUAUAUAUCACGUGGAGCGACAGAACAAGAAGUAUCUUCUAUAGAGUCGUAUGGAAUUGUUAUCUACCAGCGAAAGUUUACAUUUUAUGUAAUGCAUCGAACAAAUGGAGGUCUACAUGUUAUUGAUGUUCUAACAGAAUUACGUAUUCCAAGUACUAAGGAUCAAUUGUAUGCCUUAAAAGAAGUUAUCGAAAAUGUUUAUUUAUUUAAGAGUCGAAUAAUGGAUUAUUACCUAGCAGUGCAGAAGAUCGUUCCCUUAAUUAAAACUCACGUUGGUGUAAGUGAAUCUCCUGUUGAUGCAUCACCCUCUAAAGCUUCGAGGACUCAUGACGCUUUAAAAAUUUCUGAAUAA